AUGGACGACACCCCAACAAAACAUGAUGGCAAACCAAACUCUCCUACAUUUGCUGCAUCCAAUAAUAACGAACAUUUGGAAUUUUUGGAGCGAUUUCAUCAAAUCUGCACUAAUGGAAGGCUUGCUCAAAGCAGUGCGAAGUACGCGAAAGGAGUUCAAUUAUGCUUGCAAGGGACACUGUUGUCAGUACAAAUUGCACUCAUCGUACUGUACAAUUUUUACAUGUUAGCCUCCGGAAUGAGAUCCAUUCUUGUGCUCUAUCUCUGUACUGUGGCACAUGUGAUUGCAGUGGAUCGGCUUAAGUUCAAGGCCUGCGAGCAAUCAGGAUUUUGCAGAAGACAGCGUGCUGUCAAUUCACCCACUGGAUACGAAGUGGUCAAAGGGACAGCGAAAUUCAACGACACUGCAUUCUUAGCUGAAAUCAAGGCCGAGGGCAUCACUCUCAAUCUCUACCUAGUUGCUCUGCAGGAUUCUACGUUUCGCAUUGUGAUAGACGAACCUGGAAAUGCUAUUCGAGAGCGAUACCGUCCACUAGACGCUCUAAAAGAGCGGGACCCUAAGCAACAAAAGCUCAAGAAAGUAAAAACGGACAACGCAACUUCGAAACUUGUUACCGAAGAUGGUCAUAGGGUGGUGAUCACACAUGAUCCAUUCAGAAUUGACUUUUACUCCCAAGAAGUACUUGUUACUUCGAUUAACUCUGCUGGACUUCUUAUGGUGGAGCCUUUCAAAAAGAAGGUCUUACUAAGUGAUCGUGAAAACGGCUAUUGGGAAGAAACGUUCAAGGACCACAAAGAUGCUAAACCCUAUGGGUCGUCAUCUAUCGGCGUGGAUAUUUCCUUAAUAGGAGCGAAAUAUGCCUUUGGCCUUCCUGAGCAUGCCGAAUCGUAUGCUCUACGAGAUACAAGGAACUAUGAGCCGUAUCGUCUAUAUAACCUCGACGUUUUUGAGUAUGAUCUUAACAGUCCAAUGGCUCUAUAUGGAUCGAUACCAUACAUGGUUGGUGUCAGCGAUAAAAGAACUACUGGAGUAUUAUGGCUGAACUCGGCAGAAACUUGGGUCGACAUUGAACACACGUCUGCAGACAAGGGUCCCCUUGCCAAGUUAAUCGCUGACGUCGACACUCAGGCCAAGAAUGUCCAUCAAAUUAAUGCACACUUCAUUUCCGAGACCGGUGCGUUGGACAUAUUUAUAACACUUGGACCGCAACCGAAAGAUUCUGUGCGCCAGCUAACCGCUCUCACCGGUACUUACCCAUUGCCGCCAGAAUUUGCUCUUGCAUACCACCAGUCCCGGUGGAACUAUAAUGAUCAGAAAGAUGUUAAAGAGGUCCACGAAGGGUUUGACGAACAUGACAUCCCUCUUGAUGUGUUGUGGCUUGACAUUGAACACACUGACGGGAAGCGUUAUUUCACAUGGGAUAAAGAGAAAUUCCCCAAUCCUAAAGAAAUGAUCGACGAUUUGACUUCAAAGGGACGCAAGCUAGUCACGAUUGUUGAUCCUCAUAUCAAAAAAGACAACAAGUACUCGGUUUAUGCCGAAGCGAAGAAAGAAGGUUUACUUGUGAAAAAUCGAGAUGGCACAGUUUAUGAAGGGAAUUGUUGGCCGGGUGACUCCGUCUAUAUCGAUUUUCUAAACCCAGCCGCUAGGACUUUCUGGGCUGAUCAGUUUUCAUUUAGUAAGUAUGAAGGAUCUACAAAGGACGUCUACACCUGGAAUGACAUGAAUGAACCAUCAGUAUUUUCAGGACCUGAGGUUACAAUGGAAAAGGAUCUCAUACACUAUGGAGGUCUAGAACACCGCGAAGUUCACAACCUCUAUGGAUUCUAUCAACAUGAAGCCACUUUCGCUGGUCAGCUAGCAAGGUCAAACGCUCAGUUCCGCCCUUUCGUUCUUACUCGAGCUUUCUUUGUCGGAUCACAAAGAACUGCAGCAGUAUGGACCGGAGAUAACAAAGCUGAGUGGGUACACCUCAAGGCGACUAUUCCUAUGCUGCUUUCACUUUCUACUGCUGGAAUCCCACAUGUUGGAGCCGACGUAGGAGGUUUCUUUGGCAAUCCUGAAGAAGAGCUUUUGGUUCGAUGGUACCAGGCAGGAGCAUUUCAACCUUUCUUUCGGGCUCAUGCUCACCUCGAAUCCAUGAGAAGAGAACCAUGGUUGUUUAACGAGACCGCUACUGAAGCAAUUCGAGAUGCUAUUAAAAGGAGAUAUCAGAUGCUUCCAUACUGGUACACAUUAUUCUAUGAACAUACAUUCACCGGGAAACCACCUAUGCGGCCAUUCUGGAUGGAGUUUGCUGACGAUGAGUCCAGCUUUGAUGAGGAUCGGCAAUGGAUGGUUGGAAACGCGUUGUUGGUGAAACCAGUUGUGGAAGCAAACGCUGUUCAGGCGUCUUUGUACUUACCUGGAAGAAAGGAGGUCUGGUAUGACUGGGAAACUUCAAAACCAAGACCAUCUCCUGGUGCUGUACAAAAUCCAGUCACGUUGAAAUCAAUUCCACUUUAUCAGAGAGGAGGAACCAUAGUACCAAUACGCGAACGGGUCCGGAGGUCCAGUCAGUUGAUGCGUGAAGACCCCAUCACCCUCUAUAUUGCUUUAAACAUUAAAGGUGAUUUUGCCAAUGGAACUAUUUACAUGGAUGACGGAGAAACGUAUGCUUACAAGAAAGGAGAAUAUGCAUAUUGGAGCUUUAUUUUCAAAAAGGAACAUGACUAUCUCCACACGAUCGUAAACAAAAAUCUCGACAAAGGGGGCAUACUCGACAGCGAUGUUCAGAUAGAGAAGAUUAUCAUCCGAGGUGCGAAAUUCUACCCAAGGACAGCCCAUAUUUAUAUGGAUGAUUUCACUCCCGAUCCACUAGAUUUCGACUAUGAUCGUGAGAACUACCAGAUGGAAAUUGGGAAUCUGAAGGCAUACAUUACAAGAGAAUUCAGGAUUGAUCUUCACUCGUAG